AUGUCACUGAAACAUGGUGAUGUCUCAGGACCUACUCGUCGCUUCAAUGCUGUUAUUCCAAGAUGGGGACUUUCCAAAUUAAUCUCCAAGGAGACUCUCAUGGAACCUAGUAAUGGUUAUGUUGUCAACGACAAUUGUGUGUUUGGUGCAGAAGUUUUAGUCAUCAAAAGUGAACAUGUUAACGAAUGUCUUAGGUUGGUAAAAAACGGGGCUUCAGUUAAGCGCGAAUGGAAGAUUUCUGACUUUUCUAAGCAGGGUGAAGUUUGGGUUUCUGAAGAGUUCGAUGUUGGAAAUUACCAAUGGAAAGUUAACCUCUAUCCAAACGGAGUUUCUUCACUGCCAAAAAACAGCUACAUGUCCUUGUUUGUUGCUCUAGAGGGCAUACCUCCUCAUCAAAGGGUGAAGGCUGAGGUUUUAAUGAGAUUCAAAACCAAGCUCGAUGAUUGCCACCGAUCUAAAACAUAUACAAAUUGGUUUACAUCUUCUUGUCCUGAAUGGGGAUAUCAUGAGUUUGUAUCGAUUGCUGAUAUGAGCGCUAAGGGCUUCCUUGCUGACGACUGUUGUUUUCUGGAAAUUGAAAUCACAGUGCAAGGUGUUGUGCUUGAAGCACCUGAAAUCUAG